GUAAAACACUUCUCAGUCACAUACGCGAACAGUUCAACCGCAACGGAAUCACUAUGUUUGACGAUCAAGAGAUUGAGAGAAGCGCAACAAUAUCCCCUUCACUCACCAAAGCCAUAAAAGAAUCGAGGAUCUCGAUUGUGAUUCUCUCCAAGAGGUAUGCUUCGUCAGGUUGGUGCUUGGAUGAACUGGUGGAGAUAUUGGAGUGUAGGAGAGCUAUGGGACAGAUAGUGAUGACCAUCUUCUAUGGAGUGGAGCCAUCCCAUGUACGGAAACAGAUUGGAGACUUCGGGAUAGCCUUCAGUGAAACUUGUGCACGUAAGAACCCUACGGACGAGCGAAGGCAGAAAUGGAUCAACGCUUUGAACGAUGUUGGCAACAUUGAGGGUGAAGACUUCCUAAGAUGGGACAAUGAAGCAAAAAUGAUCAAGAAAAUUGCAAAAGAUGUUCUUGACAAACUGAAUGCUACAGUACCUUCUAAGGAUUUUGAUGGUAUGGAGGGACUUGACGGUCAUUUGACAGAAAUGGAGUCUUUGCUAGAUUUAGAGGAUGAUGGAGUUAAGAUGGUCGCAAUCUAUGGUCCUGCGGGCAUUGGUAAGACGACCAUUGCUAGAGCUUUACACAGCCUAAUCCGUGAUAGGUUUCAGCUUACUUGUUUUGUGGACAACCGUAAGGGAAGCUACUCACCUGGUCUUGAUGAUUAUGGUCUGAAGUUGCGUUUACAAGAAGAGCUUCUCUCGAAUAUUCUGAACCAGAAUUGUAUUAUGACUAUAAGCCAUCUUGGUGUGGUAAAAGAAAGGCUAUGCGACAAGAGAGUACUUAUCAUUCUCGAUGACGUGGACAACAUAAGACAGUUAGAGGCGUUGGCUAAUGAGCCUACAUGGUUUGGUUCUGGAAGUAGGAUAGUAGUUACCACAGAAAACAAAGAGCUUCUACAGCAACAUGGCAUCAACAAUACGUACCAUGUGGGGUUUCCAUCUGAUGUAGAAGCUAUCGAUAUCUUGCGUAAAUACGCUUUUCGAAAACGUUGUCCACAUGAUGAUGAUUUUGAAGUGAUUGCUGAAAGGAUCACGGAGCUUUGUGGUAAGCUCCCACUGGGUCUACGUGUGGUGGGUUCAUCUUUGCGAGGGAAGACGAAGGUAGAAGAGUGGGAAGAAGUAAUGCAGAGGCUAGAGACUGUUCUUGAUCGAGAUAUCGAGGACGUCCUAAGAGUCGGCUAUGAACAUUUAGAUGAGAAUGAUCAAUAUCUAUUUCUCCACAUUGCCGUCUUCUUCAACUAUAAAGAUGGUGGUGAUGUCGUGAAAGCCAUAUCCGCUGAUGGUGAUGAUCAUUUGGAGGUCAAACGUGGGUUGAAGAUCCUCGCCAAUAGAUCUCUCAUUGAUCUAUCUGAAAACGGGAAAAGAAUAGUGAUGCACAAACUACUACAGCGAAUGGCUAGACAAGUCAUUCGUAGACAAGAGCCUUCGAAACGCCAAGUACUAGUGGACGCUAAUGAGAUUUGUGGUGUCCUCGAAAAUGGAACAGGUACUGGAGUUGUGUCCGGCAUAUCAUUUGAUAUAUCAAGAAUCGAUGAAGUAAUGAUAGGCAAGAAAGCUUUUAAAAAAAUGCCUAAUCUUCGAUACCUCAGGGUCUACAAAAGCAGAGCUGGUGGGAAUGAUAGAAUGAUGUACAUACCUGAUACGAUGGAGCUUCCUCGUCGUCUAAGGUUACUACAUUGGGAGGCAUACCCAAAUAAGUGUCUUCCUCCUACAUUUCAUCCGGGAUAUCUUGUAGAACUUGAAAUGACAUGUAGCCAACUCGAGUACCUCUGGCAAGGAGCUCAGCUGCUUAAGAAUCUUACGAAGAUGGAUUUGUCAGGCUCUUCUCGUUUGAAGGAGCUACCGGAUCUUUCCAAUGCUAAAAAUUUGGAGACGUUAAAUCUGAGAGGUUGCAUGAGGUUGGUAGAGAUUCCUUCCUCCUUUUCGCAUCUUCACAAACUAAAGAAGUUGAAGAUGGGUGGCUGCAUAAACUUAGAAGUCAUUCCAUCUCACAUGAACUUGGCGUCUCUCGAUUCAGUCGACAUGCAAGGAUGCUCAAAACUGAGGAAAUUUCCAGACAUGUCCACCAACAUAAGAAAACUGGAUAUAUCCAAGACAGCGGUCGAAGAUGUACCUGCAUCGAUAGCGACGUGGUCACGUCUUGAGUCUCUUUCUAUGUGGAACAAUGGAAAGCUCAAGGGGAUAACACAUCUUCCCCUGAAUGUACUUUUGGUGAACGUAAGCUACUCCGGGAUUGAGAAGAUACCAGAUUGCAUGAAGGCUCUUCAUCAGCUUCAGGAACUUAAUCUCUCUGGCUGCAGAAGACUCGGUUCGUUGCCAGAGCUCCCUGGCUCACUCAACAACCUAUACGCUGACGACUGCGAAUCACUGGAGUCUGUGUUUUUCCAUACGAAACACACUCCAGACACGGUGCUUAGCUUCAUCAACAACUUCAAACUGAGCCGACAAGCACGGCGAGAAAUCAUCAUAGGAUCCUUGUUCCGUGGAAGCGCUCUCUUACCAGGAAGGGAAGUACCCGUAGAGUUCCAUCGCCACCGAGCCAGAGGAAACUCGUUGACCAUUCCUCAUUGUGCUUCCUCCACGUUCAAGGUUUGCGUUGUGAUCUCCCCGAACCCUAGGAAAAACAGAGAAUAUAUGACUUCGCAGCUACUGUGUUGUCGCAUAUUCGGCAAGGACGACUUGUACCCCACUGACAGGGAAUUCUACAUAGGCGAUGAUGUCUCGAAAUAUCGAGCGGAACAUCUGUUUAUAUUUCACUCUCACUUACUUGACGAAUACAUCAACCCAGCUAAAGUGAGGACAGAGAUAACGUUCGAAUUUAGCAGCCCAUCCAGCGUCUUCAAUAUUACUGAGUGUGGUGCCAAGAUCUGUACCCAACAAACCAUCCAAGGAAGCUAUGAAUCUGAAUCAGAGCAUCUACAUACCAAAAAAAUAAUUUCUAAACCUUAAAUUUUAAAGUUUUGAAUAGUGUGAAACUUAUGAUGAUACAAACUCCGUAGUUUAAAAGUUAUAAAUAAAUAAAAAAAC